AUGGGAGUUAACAUAAGUGACAGAAUGUAAGAAAUAUUCAGACUCGAAUUUCUCAAGUUCCUCAUCUGCUGUAAUUCACAUCAUCUGCCGCCAGAAGGGGAUAUUGAAUUUGUGGACGAGUUUCCACGCACAAACAAAAGAAGAGCCACAAGGAAGAGAUCUAAUGCAUCUCUUCAUAUCAGUAGUGAUGAAUGGCGGUCUACUUCCUGCUCCAUUCGAAGAUCAACAAUUAUUGAAGGAUCAGGCCUGGAAUCAAUCUCUGAGAAUUUCGCUCAAGAGGUGAUUAAUGUAUAA